AUGGUGUUAUACCUCUUUCAUCCAAAUUACACAGAAAAUGUUGUGCCUUACCAUGAUGGUAUUUUACAAAUUCAAAAUGGGCAGGACAUUACCUUUUGCAAAGGCAAUGCCGUGACAGUCAAGUCAAGUAACUUUCUUUUGAAUGAUGAUUUUAUUUUUGAACGUUGGGAAAGGUAUGAAGUAAAAUGCAGUGUCGCGGAACAGGUCGCUCUUUCUACAGUAAUCGGUCACCCGCCUGACUUCAUGGUGUUAUACCUCUUUCAUCCAAAUUACACAGAAAAUGUUGUGCCUUACCAUGAUGGUAUUUUACAAAUUCAAAAUGGGCAGGACAUUACCUUUUGCAAAGGCAAUGCCGUGACAGUCAAGUCAAGUAACUUUCUUUUGAAUGAUGAUUUUAUUUUCACUUCGUUUCGAGAAGAAGCAACAAAAAUUUGGGCAAGGAAAAUCGCAAGUGCAUUUGGGAUGAUUGGCAUGAUAAUGCGAAAUGUGAAUAAGACAGAUUUGUCUACAGCAACAUCAUUUAGUGUUAUGCAGAUUUUCUUGAUGAUGCCACUCUUGAAAUGA